AUGGAUUAUGUGUGUUUUAGAGAUGUCCUAGCAUUUGACACAACUUAUAGGACAAAUGCCUAUAAAAAGCCUCUAGUAGUGUUGGUCGGUGUUAAUCAUCACCACCAAACUGUUGUAUUUUGUUGUGCGUUAUUGAUAGAUGAAAGUGUUUGGACAUAUGAAUGGGUGUUGGAGACAUUUCUUGAUGCAAUGAUGAAUAAGAAACCCAUAUCUGUUGUAACCGAUGGGGAUAAAGCUAUGCGUAAGGCAAUUAAAAAAGUAUUACCCGAUACGUGUCAUCGAUUGUGUUCAUGGCAUUUGCAACUAAAUGCAUUCACGAAUGUGCAUAUUAAGGACUUCUCAAGCAUAUUUGCAAGGUGCAUGUUCAUGCGUGGAAAUGAAGAAGAAUUUGAAAAGGUUUGGCAUGAAAUGGUUGCAAAUUUGGGACUUAAUGAGAAUCGUUGGGUGACCGAGAUAUAUGGGAAACGUAAAAGAUGGGCAGAGGCGUAUUUACAUGGAAAUUUCUUUGGAGGGAUGAGAACCACACAAAGGUGUGAGAGUAUGAAUGCAUAUCUAAAUAGAUUCUUAAAAAUUCGCUUGCGAUUGUAUGAGUUUGUACAACAAUUUGAUAGAGCCAUACUGAGAAUACGGCAAAACGAGGCAAAGGCAAAGUUCGAGUCGAACAAUUCUUCACCCGUGCUUUCAACCAAACUAUCCAUACUUGAAAAUCAUGUUGCGACAGUAUACAUGAAAGAAUCUUUCCUUAAAUUUUGUGAGGAGAUGAAAAAUGCAGAGUUAUUCUUUGUGUUAGGUCUUGUGGAGCAUUUGGAAGAGAUUCCUCAGUCAUGUAUUAUGAAGAGGUGGACAAAGUUAGCAAAGGUGUAUACAAGAUCAGUACCAGUGAAUGAGACGGAUAACGACAUGGAUCGGUUUGUACGAUAUGGUUCAUUGAGUUCGAUGUGCAACAAGCUCUCCUACUUUACGUCAGAUACGUCAUCUUCAUUUAUAGAGGCCAAAAAUGAAAUACAAAAUUUGACGGCGAGAAUGGAGGAACUCUAUAACUAUAAUUUGAAAGGGAAGAAAAUAGCAGCAGAUGGAGCGACAGGUACUAACCAAGUUCGUGAUCCAAAUAUUGUGAAGACUAAAGGAAAUCCAGGCAAAGUGGCAAUGAAUGUUCAAAAGGGAAGACGAUGUAGUCGUUGUAAAAGAGUGGGUCACACAAUUUGA